GUUCUGUCAUUUCGAUCGUUUGGUUCGUAUUCUACCGCUCAGCAAUUUUAUUUGUUUUGGUCGUUUUUUGCUUCUACGUCCUUUCAGUUCCUAAAUGGUUAACGUUAAUUAAUUUUGUCUAUGAAAGAACUUCUUUUACAACCAAUAUGAAUAGCGAAGUCAGUCCAGCCACAAUAAAUAAAUUGGGCAAUGAUGUGCUGGAAAUCCGAUUGAGAGCUUUAAAGGCCGUCGAACUACAAUUCAAAGUAUAUGAUCACUUGAACUUCAACGGCCCAUUUUUAAUGAAAGCGCUGAUAAAAUGGUUUGACUUUGACCAAGUCUGUGAAGAGACUCGAGUUUUGCAUUUGAUUUACGACAUAUUGAAGGGAGAUCAGCGUGAUGAUACAAUAUGCACGUUGGGAUUGACAAAGUUGAAAGAAAAAUUUCAAAUCAUCGAACAGCGCCUCCAGCACGAUAGUCAUAAAGAUGUCUUGAAAAAAAUCCAAAUUUACUUGUCCAAUUAUGGCCAGCAAAGCGAGACUGAUAUGUUAGACGAUACAACACUUGACGUAAUGAGCAACAUUUCAGUGCCUUGUGAACGAGGUGACGAUUUGGCUCUUGACACCGGCAGCGCCUUUGAUUGCCUGGAUUAUAUAGUGCCAUGGGAAAUACCUGGUCCAGCAGACUUAAACUCGUUGAACCUACUGAAGUCGUCAUUGCGAUUGGAUGCUGAUACGAAAGACAUUUUGCAUGCAAUCACCUUCUUGAAGACUGCCAUCGUCGAUUUUCCGGCAGAGUAUUUUCUUCAGCCUCCCUACAUUUUCCAAUGUCUUAAGUCUCUGCUGACUGAAAAAUCAAAUGGAUUGUGCACCGAAUUGCUGGUAAUUUUCGGAGACAUGACGAAAGCUCUGCAGAAACGUGUCAAGAUACGGCAACUUAGUCGAACGUUUUGCUUGGAAGAAGAGCGUCAUCCGCAGAAUCUGAAGAAAACACAAAUUUCCGUUGCACGAUAUUUCUCCGAAGUGUUUCAAAUUACGCUAAACUAUUUCAAAGACAUUAUCCACACUAACACCAACAGUUCCACAUUACAACAAGAAUUCCAUUGUUGUUUCACUGUAAUGCUUGAAUUGAUCGACCUGGUUCGUCUGACAAGUGGAAAGUAUCUACUGAAUGAUAUUCUCAAGGAUCUGGGUUAUCUGACUAAGUAUUUCCGAAAAACCUGUGACAAAUCUCAAAUGGACCAAUCGAAUCGGAAUCUGUAUAUCAACACCUUGUACCUCAUGAGCAAGAUCGUUAUUCUGAAGCAUGAACUUGAUAUGAACUCCACAUCUGACACACAUCAAGAUAAGUACAGUUCGCACCACAGUCUGGACAGUAAAUUUUCAAGUCAGAGCCAGGUGAAUAUUUGGAGACAAGAACUGGAGACGGCUCUGUUCGAUUUUCUCCUAAAGCAGUCAUACUCUGAAGUGUACGAUACUGUCACAAAAGCGGUCCAGACUUAUAAUGACAUCGAUGCCAUGGUUCAACAUCUCCUAAAUUGUGACUUGAUCUUGAAACCGGCUGUUGAGUUGUUACAAGAGCCGUUCAUUCAGAAUAACGAAGAAUUUAUCACAUCGAGUUUGAUGGUCAUCCAAACAUUGUCUCUGCAUCGAAGCAAUGAUCUGGUGCAACGGAUUUUCGCGGUUGUGCAAGAGUCGGUUUCAUUUUUUGACGGAAAUACCAAUCUGAAGGAUAAAUGCGAGACGAUUCUAUUGAAAUUGAUCGCACAUGAGGAUGUACACAUGAAACGAACCAUCUACAGACUGUGCUGCAAGAACGUCAAAUCCUAUUUCUCGAACCUAAUGGAAGGAAGUGCUAUUCUGUCGAAAACGUAUUCAAGUAAUCCAACGAACGUCCGAUUCCUUGGCAUACCUUUGACCAGUGAAAUAAUAACUGAAUUCAUUUCCUUCGGUUUGGAUCACAUUGAUGAACAGAUUCGCAACAAUGCCGAAACCAUUCUGUCUCUGGUACUGAAGAGUAAGAGCAUGAUGAGUACGCAUUGGACGAAUAUAUUUGAGAUUCUUGCACCUGCUAUACCGUUGCUGUUAUGCCACGCGUCGAAGAAGACAACAUUAGGCCAUGCUAUUUUGUCGAUGCUAACUCCUGACUCCGAUCUACCGACUCAAUAUUUGAUUCAAGGCAACGUUAUAUUACUCUUCAGUCCUGACUAUCAAAUACGCCAGGACGCUCUGGCCGCGUUAAUGUACCUUCUGUUAGAUCAAAACGAUGCCGAACUUUAUUUGCCGAACAUUCAAAACAUCACCGAUGUCAUUCCCAGUAAUAUUUGCAUUUUGGAUAGCUUGAUCAAUCCGAAGCAAAAGUGCAUAUCCGGCAUACAUGAGCGACAGUCAAUGGACUCCCUGAUCGAACUGUUGCAAACAUCGAGCAUGGAUCCAGGCGAACGGAAAACAUCGUUCCUGCAAUUGAACAUUCUCACACAAGAUCCUGAAUUGACUGAAAUAUUUCACAACGCAAGUGGACUGUACUUGUGCUUGGAUGCACUUCAGAACGCUUUGAAAGAAAAUCAAUCGUCAGAUUAUCAUGACAGUGUCAUACCUGUGAUCGGAAUACUUACAAAGAUGUUCCUACAAAUACCUGAAUAUCGACGUGAAUUCGUACACGACACCAACACCUAUUACAUGUUGCUACGAGCGUUGCUGAUAUUUCAUCAACAUUCCGUUCUCAAAGCGGAUUGCAGCAUUAUUCUGUUCAUUCUGGCAUUCGGUGAACAUUCGCUGGGAUCGUACAACGUUUCGGUUCCCAAUGUCUGUUCGAAAUUGAAAGUUCCGUUCAUUUGUGAAUAUCACGGUAAAGAAAGUCAAUUCAAUCAGAAAAGUCACAUUGAAUGUCUGCUGCUCAAUUCUGAAACUGGCCAAUCAAGCGAUCGUCAUUCCAAUAACGACCCAGAUACUGACCGAUCACACAUGUCAGCAAAAUUGAAAACUAUGUGGCAGUACGUACGACUUCAGUUCGCCAAUCUUUGGUUCGGUGGUAUCGACCACAUAUCCAUCGACUUUACAUGCAGUGCAGACAAAGAUCUAUCGGUUGUAUAUUCAUCGGCGGACAAUUAUCCCGAUGCUAUGGCGUUUGACAAACGACUGUCGCUGACCAAAGCAGACCUGAAGUUGAUUCAGGCCACCAACAUAUCCUACGUGUUCAAAUAUUGGUUGAACACCAUAUCGAAUGCCACCCGUCAUAGCGACGUGACCAAAGCGUUGUCAGCAAUUUCGAAUAAUUUGUUUUCGCCGGGCAUCUGCAAGGAUGAAUUGAACGUUGGAACCAUUUCGACCACUUUAAUGCGAUUUUAUGCGUCAACACCGAACACGGAAAUGGACGAACUGAUUUUCGUUGAACUAUUGGCGUUCUUUGAGAAUCUAAUCAGAAAUGAUUACGACGAGUUCUUGCACUGGCUGCUACAGGAAUUCAGAAAAACGAACUGCAUUUUCAUCAAUUUACUGCAAUCAUCGAGUUGUUCUUCGAGAUGUUACACAUUAAACUGUCGUUUCAUUGGCGUUGCUUUCGAGUAUGCAAUCUACAGCGAUAGUGAAAACAUCCGAAUGUCUUUGAUGGCCGAUUUACCGAAGAUUCGGAACGAGACGGAAAGAACAAACAUUUUGAAUAAAAUGUUCUCGCUGGUCAUGCCAUUGCUUGAUAGCACAUUCGAAAAGGGAGACCUUGAUAAAUUCCGCUCCUUACUCUCGCUGCUGCAGAUUGUUACAUCGAGCUUAGUCAUUACAAUUGACGAGGAGUUUAUCGGUCACAUUGCUAAUAAACUGCUGCACUUUAUAUCGUCGAUAAAAUCACUUGCACAAACGGGAUCUAAUUUGAACAAGAAUUGUUUGCUGGUAGUCUCAAACUUGAUGCACACAUCAGAGCAUGACAUCCACAUCGAGUCGAAGUACAUUAAAUUCUUAUCCGGCUUGUGUGGACAUAAGGAUGUGGAAAUACGAACCUUUUCUUGGAUGAUAUUGACUUUGUUGUCCAAAAAGUUGAGAGGAGCAGAGACUCUAAUUGAAUGUCUGUCAUAUCUUCCUGGCGGUUUCCAUGCUUGUUGUUUGAGUACGUUGCUGGAUAACAAUGAAUCGUCAACGGUCCGUGAAUUGGCUGGUACACUGUUUGCGAAUCUCAUUCAAUUCGUCGAUGCCAAUCGCAAUUUACUCGAAUCGGUUGUGCCACGGUGCGGCAAUCGGCCGAUCACACAGGAAGAUAAUUCAUUCGACCUCAUCGUCGACAUAAUAAAAUACCAACGAUUUUUCGAGCGCGUUGCGGAAAGCUUAAAGCAUUUCUUUGUGUACGAAUUGAUCGACGACAGCGUUAUCGCCACUCCGAUUACUACUUGCGACAUAGUUCGCGUCUAUUGUGGAAUCCUUACGAGUUUGAUCAACAUAAACGAAGGUUUAGUGGAAUUGUUUUAUGAUUGCGGACUGCUGUUUGACAUAAUAAGAUUGAUCCCGUACGUGAAGUCAUCCACCAACGAAUCGGCACUUCUGAUGUUGAACGCAAUUUGCACCUUCAUGUCUCACUGUUUUGUGAAAGACGUGGAAAUUCUCAACAAAUUUGGCUUACAGGAGCACGCUGUUUUCCUCACACUGGUGCAUUGUUUGCAGUCGAAAAUUUACGAUGAUUUUGAUGACGAUCUCAAGAUGACGACAUUCAACUGCAUCAUACCGAUCGUUACAUUUGUCGCCAACAGUGGAAUCGGUUACAAUUUGAUUUGGAAUCUAUUUACCAGAAAUGAGAUGCAGCCGCUCUUCGAAGCAAUGGUGUUCGGUUUACAGACUAAAGAUAGUAAUAAUUUGACCGUAUCCGUUCUGAAAUUGCUUUCAUCGCUGCUGACAUCGAGUGGAAAAUCAGAAACGGACCAUUUUGCCAACCUGUUCGACGAAAUGGAAGCGAGAUCGAAUCAACCAAAACAUGCAAUUGUUAAUGGCGAUGAUGUCAUUGGAUAUCAGAAGUUAGUGGGCAAACGAAAGACUGAAAUCGAGCAUGCAUCUGAGUUGAUAUUCUCGUUCCUGGUGGAUUUGUUUCAUGGAUCCAAAAACGGCACCAAAAUUCGAUCGAAUCUCUGCAAGACCAUUGCUCUACUUCUGUUCGGCUCAGUUGAAGUGCGGAAGAUGGCUCUCGACAUCGAUUUUGUUACCGUUGUCCUAGACGAAAUCGAAUCCAUUUUAUCGAAAAUUGGCGUGUACGGUGAUUUCGUACGAAAGUAUGGUGAACAAAAGAAAGAGCCGAUCAUAUCUCAACUGAAGUGGCUGUACAACAUUCUCAUGCACUGGUUCAGCAAGGAUUGCUUGAAAGAUGAAACCGUGAUUGUUCGACUGUGUCAAAUAUUAAUUCAAACAUGGCCGUGGACCGGUGCAAAUUCAAGCUUUCAAUUGCUUGUCAACAAAACAUUGGCUUUCUUAAGCGAGGACUCGGUGCCUGUUUGCAAAGCAAUGGCAACUUCUAACGUACGAAAUUCACAAACUGUUCUACAAAUCGUUACUGAUCAUGCUGUGUCCGAAACAGCAAAGCCAAAACAACCGAAUUCAAAUUUAGAAUCGUUGGAGUUGACACUACGCACAAUAUCCAAUUGCUGUUCAUGCGUGGAAGGACGAAUUCAAUUGACGAAGCUCAAUGCUUUGGACACACUAAAUCGAUUACACCCUACUGUUACCAAGCAAUAUAAGCCAUGGAAUACCGUACUCUUGCUGUGGCUCGAACUCUAUGAAAUUUACACACGAUAUCCCGAUAUCAGCACGACAAAGCAUUUACAAUUGCUCUGUUAUCUGGCUAUGAAAGCUACGCUGAAAUUGAAAAUGGUUUCGUUGACCAUAAUCCGAAAUAUGGCCUUCGGUUCAAAUAGACCAGCUCUUCUAGCUUCAGAUGUCCUCCUGCAAACACUGUCCCAUCAAUUGGAAAGUGGAACUGAAGACGUACGAGUACUAGUAGGUACCUGCAUUUGGAAACUUAUUGCCAAUAAUUAUCGAGGAAAGCAUACAGUGCGCUCCACAUCCAUUCCGGCCAAAGUGAUAUCAAUACGCAACUCUUGCGUUUCGACUGAUCAAAGUAGUGAAUUAUUUUAUAUCUUAGACACAUUGCACAACAUUUUGAGUAAUUAACAUUCGAGAUUAUAGUGAGUCAUACUGUGAAAUGCUUUCAGAGACUUACAAAAUAUAUAAAUUCGAUGCAAUGA